GAGUCUCAAAGGUAGUUUUCUCUCCAAAGGUGCACAUCGACGGAGAACGGGUGGAGGUCCACGGACAGUGGAACUUGGCUUCCCCGCUGCUACCGCUCACUAUCAAUAGUAAGCACAGAAUGUUACAGUGCCUAUCCCGAGAUGCUUCAGGAAACAUAGUUCUACAGUAUCUGGGCACAUCGUUUAAAGUUCGCAUUCUGUCCAAGUUGGCGGCAAAAUUAAACGCUUACAUGCCAGAUAAAGUUCCUGAAGACACCAGCAGCAUCCUGCGGUCACCAAUGCCCGGCACAGUGGUGGCAGUUACUGUGAAGCCCGGUGAUAAGGUUGCAGAAGGCCAGGAGAUUUGUGUCAUAGAAGCCAUGAAAAUGCAGAACAGUAUGACUGCCGUCAAACAAGCAAAGGUCAAGCGUGUCCACUGUAAGCCAGGAGAGACAGUGGGCGAAGGAGAUUUGUUGGUGGAGCUUGAAUAAAUCAAGCCACAGCGUGAUAUUUAUUAUCCCUCUUGAGUCCAUCAUGGAUGAGCAAUAUUGGUGGGAAAAAAAAAACCCACAAAAAGAUUAAAAAAAAAAAAACCUCUCGACUUUUGAUUAACCUCUCCUGUCUUCAUAGAGUACCUACAGAGAUCGGUGACCUCAACAGUGCCUGAGUGUUGAGCUUUAUCAACAAUUCUUAUUCCAGCCAAUCAUCUGUUUGAUGGUUGGUUUCGAAGAGUUUCUGUAACUUUUGUUUUAACAUAAAAAUAAAAUCAUCUCACCAGUUUUCUAAGA